AGCGGGAGGAGGAGGAGGAGGAGAGGAAUCAGGGAGCGGACGAGCCCCCGGUGGAGGAUGAUGCCAGGGUUAAUGUCACCGGCUCACCGUCGCGCCCACACCCCCGCAGCAUGAUGCAGGCCGCCGCCGCAGCGCUGGCCCGCAGGAGCGGCCGCCUGACCGCCGGCUGCCAGGCGCUGCUGCUCGGCGUGUCGGCGCUGGUCAUCGUGGCCGAGCGCAGCUCGCUGAUCUAUUGUAUAGGGUUUUACCUCUGGAAUGAGGAGACGCAGUGGGCGGGCCUCACACUGGGUCUUUUUCUUCCGGGGACAGCGGUUCAGCUGCUGAGUGUGAAAUGGUACUAUGAUGAUGGUGAUGACAGGCGAUGCUACCUCUCUGUCAUCCAUAUACUUCACUUGGGCAUCUUCAAAAGAUUGUGGGACUGCAUGAGGUCUGUGCUCCGUAUGCAGGACUCAGUAGCUGAACUGGGAUAUGCUGUCAUGCAGCAGGCAGAUGUUGCUGCCCUUUGGCUGCUGGAGGCCCUCGUCCUCACGCUGCCUCAGAGCCUGCUGCAGGCGUAUGUCGUGGUGUCAACUGAUGUGGGCAUCAUGUCACCGGUGGGCUACUGCUGUGGCUUGUGCGUGCUGUCCAUUUCCUGGGCGCUGGUGCUGUACAGCCGAGCGUGCUGCCUGAUACGACCGGGCCAUUUAGCCAUGCCUCCAGCGGCCCUGCUGUGCCAGCUGGUGUGGAGGACGGGAAUGCUGGGAGCUAGGGUGACUUGCCUCAUGUUCUUUGCCAGAGUCUUCAACUGGUGGGUCUGUGGAGUGGCAGGUUUUCACUGGCUCACGGCUUCCUUCUGGCUGGUAUCACAGCAACCAGACAUCUGCACCGGUCCCUGGUGUUGGCGUGCAUUUAAUGGCGUCCUGGGGCUCGUCCAUGUCUUCCUCUUCCUCAACGUCAAGGAUGGACCCUCGCGCUUUCGCAUGGCUGGUUUCUAUGCAUUCAUGCUAGUGGAGAACAUCACUCUGCUGCUGGCCGCCUCCGACUUCCUGAGCGAAGCAUCAUGGGACAACAUGACCCUUCCCACCACUGCAUUGUGUAGCUUUCUCUUCGGUGCCGCCUCUCUCAUCCUGUAUUAUCGCUUCCUCCAUCCCAAGUCCACAGAGAUCUCCCAGGGUACAAGCCAUCAUCCCGUGGGGAGCACGUGCAUAGAACAAGGGGAGUCCUCCUUCUCUCUCGGGGAUAAGAGUCUGCGAGCCCCGGCCAUUCCAAACCACGGUAGCUUCUCCCUCUCAGGCGUGGCCGGCUGUCUGCUGGAGCACCCGGGGCCUUGCGGAGUCCAGCCUAACAGUUCUUGUCCGUGCUACCACCACCACUGGCUCUUGAUCCGCCUGGCCCUGAAAACGGGAGACGUCGGUAAAAUCCACCGGGCGUACGGGGCUGGGGGAGCGACUGCAACGCUAGACAUGGAACAGUACAACCAAGGGUUCAAGAGUAACGAGGGCAUGACUAUUACGGCCGGAGGCAGCUGCGAGGCCGUGUCCACCUCCGAGUCGCAGGGGAAGGGCCUGGCUCCCCUCUCGGACUGCAAAGAGGAGUUUCAAAGCAUAAGUGACCCCACUUCCACUGAUCACCCUGAAGACGAGGAGGAUGAGAGUCUAGAGAUGGAGAGCCCAAUGGAGUCACCCGCAUCAGAUUUCAAGCGCAGCUCGCCUGAGGGUAAGUCUGUGUUUGGGGACAGUCCGGAGCCAAAUUUCUUCCCUACAGAGUCAAGCUCAACCAUAUACUUCAGCGCUGAUCCCCAGUCUCCCAGCAGCGCCAGUAACCCCCGUUUGGACCGGGACAGUGGCAGCCUGACGCAGCGGGGUCGCCUCUCCUCCAUCCCUAGCGAUCCGGCCCUCCACAGAGACGUGCGUGGACUCAUGGGCCGGGUCGGACCGCGCUGCACAUCCACUCCUAAACUGGACUCCGGGGUGUUUGACUCUCCCUCCAGCGUCCCCCAUCUCACAGGUCCAAGGAGGCAGCUCAUAAUGUCCAGCAGAGAUGACGACGAUCAUUUCUAGCUUCCUCAUGACAGAAUCAGGGAAACGGUUAACACAGUUUAUCAACAUCAACGGCUCACACCAGCUUUAUCAUCUGCUCAGUGUAGUGCACAAUGAUGGCAGCAAUACCCCCUCCUUUAUGUCAAUGUGUAUUCAACAGGAUGUGGCCAAGUCAAUGCAACAACUUUGGAAUAAUCUGAAGAUUUCACAAACCAUAAAUCGUUUUCUAAAUGUAUUACCUUAACUUUUGGCACAUAAUGUUGCAUCAAGCAGGGAAUUCAAGAGCUAACUGGCCACACGGGCAGUUGCUAUAACUCAGAGA